CUCGUAGGACUAUUUCUUUCUCCUGAACCUAAAUACCCAAUUACCGAAUUUUAAAAAAAGAACACAAAAACUGUUAUACGUUUCUGGUUCUUCCCUCUUGCUCUUCUCCUUUUCAGAUAGAAAGUUCAGUUGCAGUCGAACGUGUCACAGUCACUGCUUGCAGAGCCCCGCCUGAGAUGUUGUUGCUCCCGCCGGCACCUGAAACCACUCUUUUGAUAAGAAUAUCGCGGUACCGGGAAGGUCAAUAGGGAAAGAUCCGAAAGCUCUCGUGGGACCCAAUUUUUCCCCAUGGAAGGUCAGAAGAGCCAGACCAAACUCACCAGAACUAACUCUUCGCUUCUUCGCUCGUCGCCCACAAUCCGAUCAUCCAUUCACAGCCUCUCGUCGGUCAACGAAGAGGACGUUAUCCUCACUGCGCAAGACGAAGAGGAGAUUAAGGUCAAGAAGCCUCGGAAGUCCGGUUCAACCGGGUCGACCCGAAUCACUACCCCGGUUCUUGCCGUUGCCUCUCUGGGUUUCUUUUGCUUGUGUUCUUUGUUCUUUUACCUUUUCUAUUUUUUCUACCUCGGGAGUGCAGAAAUACCCACUUCGGAGAAUUUAUUGUUAGCCCUGAUUUUCAUCGCCGUCGCCCUCUACUUUGCGUCCAAGAACAAGAAUCUGAUCCGCCAGAGCCUUUCAAUUCUGAAGCAUUCGUGGGAUGAGAAUGUGAAAAGGUUCGGGUUUUCGAAGUCUAAUUCCAAGCCUGUUCACUGGUUCAUCGGGGAUUCCCCUGCCACCAAAGGCCAAAAAGAGAAGAAAAUUAUAAGGGAAGGGGUGGAAUUUUACAGCAAUGGUGACUUCUACGAAGGCGAGUUUCAUAAGGGAAGGUCUAACGGCAGUGGGGUUUACAAUUACUUCGUAAACGGGAGAUACGAGGGCGAUUGGGUGGAUGGAAGGUAUGAUGGAUACGGAAUUGAGAGUUGGGCAAGAGGCAGUCGCUACAAGGGACAGUACAGGCACGGUUUGAGGCAUGGCUAUGGGGUUUAUAGGUUCUACACAGGGGAUUCUUACGCUGGGGAAUGGUUUAGUGGGCAGAGCCACGGUGUGGGAGUCCAGACUUGCUCCGAUGGUAGCUGUUAUAUUGGCGAGUUCAAGUACGGCGUCAAGCAUGGACUCGGGUGUUACCAUUUUAGAAAUGGGGAUAGAUAUGCGGGCGAGUAUUUUGGAGACAAAAUACAUGGAUUUGGGGUCUAUCACUUCGCAAACGGCCACUGUUAUGAAGGAGCAUGGCAUGAAGGCCGCAGGCAAGGUUGUGGCAUGUACACUUUCAGAAAUAGCGACAGGAGAUGUGGUGAAUGGGAUGCUGGCAACCUCAAGCAUCCUCUGCCACCACUAACCGAUGCUGUUCUCCGAGCAGUUCAGGCGGCCAGGAGAACUGCCGAGAAAGCCAUAAACCUGAGGCGGGUGGAUGAGCAGGUGAACAAUGCAGUAAUCGCUGCAAACAGAGCUGCCACUGCUGCUAGAGUUGCUGCUGUGAAGGCUGUUCAAAACAGAAUGGAUGGAAAAUUUUGCGAUAUUGAUGUCUAAGACAUCAGGUGCUUUUGGAACUGUAAAUUUUACUAAUUUUAAGUUCUUGGGAAGAAAAAUGUCGCCCCGGUGAGCAAAAGCUCAUCUGUGGUUAAUGAGGAGAGCAUGCUUUUUUUUUUUUUUUUGUUCCGUUCUUUCCCCUACACAGUAACUUGUACAUAAGUCCUUGUAAAUCAUCAAUGAAAUGAGAAUAUGAAUUUCCAAAUGGCUUUUACGGAGGAAA